CCGCGGUUCUGAAUUCGAACGUCCACCCUCGGAAGACGACGUUAGGAAAAUGGAUUCUGUUGAUGCUCUGUUUUCUUAGUUUUUUUUCCCACGUAUUUCGCAGUAGAGAAAGAAGCGAAGUUAAAAUUCAUCGUAAAAUAUAUAUCCUGAUCUUGAACCAUGGUGAGAGAGAGAGUCCAGAAGAAGUCCUUCCAACAAAGUUUGGAGGACAUCAAGGAGAGGAUGAAGGAGAAGAGGAACAAACGGCUGGCUAAUGCUGCAGCUCCAAGCAGGGGACAAUCAAGAAUGAUGAACAAAACCUCAGCAUCCAGUUCUACACACACCAUCCUUAAAGGUGUGCAACAGAAUAACAAAGCGCUGGCCGUGGCCCUGCAAGCUGAGAAGGAGAAAGUGAGGCAGGCCAAUGCGGUGAUCCUGCAGCUGAAGCGUGAGCAGCAAGCCCUCUUCCUUCACCUGCUUCUCUUCAAGAGGAAGCUCAAGGAGCAGGAGGCGCUGGCAGCAAGUGCUUCACAGGCUAAACCAACAGGGAUCCAACAGGAAACCCCAAAUAAUCAGAAUUUGGAGAGGAGGAAGCAAAGCAGUCAGCAGUUUGAUCAGCUCACUUUGUGUGACACUUCACCAAUUUAUCCUGACUCCCCUCCUUCUAAAAAGAACGGACACAUUAACUGUGACAAAGAGGUUGCUCUGCCAUCCACGGUGGGUGUGAGGCGUCGGCACGGCGACAGAAGAAGCAGGAGGCGCUCUGAGCGUGUGCAAGAACAACGGCGGUUGAGCAAUGCAGACCCGGUUGCUGAUCUUAGGGCCGUAUUACCGAGCCCUAUUCACGGUGAGAGUUCAGGUCUGAAUCAGAACCACCCAGGAGCAGAACCAGAGGCAGUGGAUGUCAGUGACACAGGGGAGUUGCAUCACUCUACACCUGAGCCAGUCCGUCCCAAAAAAACACACCAGCAGCCUGGCAGAAAACAAAGCCAGCAGCAGCAGCCUCGCUCCAAACCUGAACCAGCUCCACGGAAACCCGACAGAGGCCGCAAACCCGAUCGGGUCCCGCUAAAGAAGCCCUGGGAGAAUCCCAAACCCAGAGCCCGCUCCAAGAGUCGGGACCGAGUGGCCACACAGGGAAAAGCAGCUCCUCUGCCUCAGAGCAACAAGCUCAACACGUCACUGGGAUUCAACGGCACUUUUGACUUUGACUGUGAGGAAACUGUCCACAUCACGCCGUUCAAGGCGAAAGGCGAGGAGAAUCAGCCAGCGACACUUCACAUUAGUGAAGAGACGCAAGAUGAAGACUCGGCGGCUGUUCCCAAACAGAGCGAAACCAGCUCAUCAUCGCCAUCCUCGGAGUCGGAAGACAGCCUGUACGUCCCUCAGAAGACAAGACGGAGACAGCCCUCUCCUGCUAAAGUCAUCGCCACUCGCAGAGGCCAGCGCUCACUGAUUGUCAGAAAAAAGGAAAACAUCCCUCCCACCCCAAAGAUCUCUGUCUUCCGGGACGAAGAGUCGAAGUUGGAGGUGGCACAUUCUGGAAAGGGAGAAGAGAAUCACCAAAAACUUCAGAGGGACAGAAUGGAGGACGGUUUCCCUGCUGUCAGCCCUCUGAUCGAGGCCGAGAUGAUGAGAAUAGAUACCGUCCUGUCCAAUUUUGGAGAACUGCCUUGUGAAAAUUCUUCUCGUUUAUCGAGCCAAACACCUAGGCUCAAAACAGGCCAGAAACGUGGGGUUGGUGUAAGGUCAGCAGGGCGGGGCUUGAGUCUGUGUGACGUGACCAAUAUGUCCCCUGCAGCCUAUCGUAAUUUCUCCUGUGUCGGCCCACGCCGCUCCGACGCUCCCCUUCGGAAACGCCGCUGCACCAUGACCGUCGACUACAAGGAGCCUUCGUUAAAUGCAAAACUUCGGCGUGGAGACAAGUUUACAGACCUGCAAUUUCUUCGCUCUCCCAUUUUCAAGCAGAAGUCUGGCAGGUCUGUGCAGAAAUCCAGGAAGUCUUGCAGCCAGCAGCCAUUUGAGAAGUACAACGAGUCUUUUGUUGGAUGUCACUGAAGGCAGCUUUUUUGAUGUAUGUUCCUGUAGAGGAUUCCCAUUUUUUCAUGUCUCUGAAGGUUUCCUUUGUUAUAGUGUAACCGUAAUCAGUUUUUCUUGAUUUAAAUUCCUUUAUUCUUGUUUUUGUCUCCAUGGAAAUGUAGAUGAUAUUCUCCAAAAAUGGUUGGAUUACAAUAUUUUUUAAUUCUAUGAUCUGCGACAUCUGUGUAUUUUUAAUUCUCUAUUGUACUGUUUGUGACAAUAAACUUUAAAACCAC